UUCAGAAGCUGGCUAAAGAUGUAUUUUUCAACUUCAAAGUUCAACUGCAAAUUUUUCAUCCUGAACUAUGUCCUCUAGUGCUACAUCAGUUGAUUAAAUGUUCUUCAGUUACUUAUUCUUCUCUCUCUGAAUUUACUUUUGGAGGUAAUAAGUCACAACGAAUUGUUUGUUGCCGAGGAACCACCGUCAUUUCUAGGUUAUCCCAAGCUUUACAGCCAGUUUACAGCUUUUAGUGAUCUGUAGUGCUUAGGAGCAGUUUUCCUGAGAUUUUGAACGAACGUGCCAUUUUCCAGAAAUUCAUUUCAUCAAUCUUGCAUCAUAGACUGGUUGUUUCAGGAGGAAAGACGUCAUCCAUGUGUGAGCAAGAUUCUAACAUUGAAACGAUGAAAUCAAACCUUGUACUUGCAAUCCUGACAAGGAGUCGAACCUUGAUCCAGAGACAUUGUUGAUCAUCGAGUGCCCGCUCAACUGUGCAUCCAAGGAUUCCACAGGGCUGUGAAUGGAUGAAAUCCGACUUUCUUCUCGUACCUCUGAUACAUCACUCAAUUCCUGGCCGGUUUGAAUUUCUCUCAUUUCAUGCAGUCUCUGGGAUGAUUUCGCGCAGUAAGACUCCAAAGGUUUGUGAUACAGUUCUUGUAAAGCAAGAACUCAGUACUUCAGAUACUUCGAAAGAUGCAUCUGACGAUGAAUCUAGUAAUCUUACAUCCGAAUUGAUUAAAGAAGAACCCGUAUCCCCUUCGAGAGACAAUUGUGCCUCUCCAGUUCAACCUUCAACUAAUUUUGUCGGCACCUCCGUGGGUAUGAUCACCAAAAUUAAAACCGAAACCCACAAUGACGAUGAUGAUGAUGAUGACAUGUUGCCUCCCAGCGUGGAAAUUAAAAUCGAGCCCGAUCUAUCGUUUAGUAAUGACCGUCUUGAAGUUGAGGCUUGGGGACAGACUGUGGAAGAUACUACAAUGUAUGCAACGAAUUUGUCCACAAUUUCUGUACCCGAAAUCGUAGGAAAUCCUGAUAACCCGACUCAUAGAAUUACACGCACAUCAGGAAAAGAAAUAAAAGACAGCGCAGAUUCACUAACCUCUGAAGUGGAUUUUGGAAAUGAAUCUGAGAUACUCGAAAUGGUCGAGGAUGAUAAUGAGGAUAACGUAGCAGUCCAUAGUGGUAUUAAAGAAGAAUACAGCUGUGGGCAGUACUCAGAAUCAUUGGUCCAUGAAAACAAUCAAGAUGUAGCCAUGUUUUUGCACGACGCCGAUAAAUUCUUUAGGUGCAGCAAAUGCGCCUAUGUAUUUACCCAAGAGGAAGCCUUAGAGACCCAUAUGAUGAAGCAUACUGGAGAGAAGCGAGUGAAACCUAUUGAUUAUCCCUCCGAUUUGGUCAAAAAAGAAUUUGUAACACGUCAUGUGCGUUCACGCACGGAAGGGGUACCGUUCAAAUGUAGCUAUUGCUUUUUGACAUUCGCAACAAAAGUAGCAUUAUCGGCUCACGAACGUGUACAUGGGGCACCGUUCAAAUGCAGCCUUUGCAUUUUGGCAUUCGCAACAAAAGCAGCAUUAUCGGCUCAUGAACGUGUACAUACGAGAAAACCUAUUGAUUAUCCCUCCGAUUUGGUCAAAGAAGAAUUUGUAACACGUCAUGUGCGUUUACACAUGGAAGGGGUACCGUUCAAAUGUAGCUAUUGCUUUUCGACAUUCGCAACAAAAGCAGCAUUAUCGGCUCAUGAACGUGUACACACGAGAGAGAAACCGUUCAAAUGCAGCCAUUGCUCCAUCGCAUUUACCCAAAAACGAGCCUUAUUACGUCACUAUUUCCGUCAUACCGGCACCAAACCAUUCAAAUGCGACCAAUGUCCUGCUGAAUUCGCCGGGAAGGCCGGCUUAACCCGUCAUAUUGUUACCCACUCGGGUGAGAAACCUUUCCAUUGCAGUCAGUGCCCCGCCGCAUUCGACUUCAGCUUCAAACUAAAAAGACAUCAUCUGGUGCAUUCUCGCGACAAACUCUACACCUGCGCCCACUGCUCCGUCACGUUUGCCUCGAAAUCCACGCUCAAGCAGCACAUCUUAGCAGUGCAUUUUUCUAAACGAUACAAUUGUACAUUUUGCCCCCGAUCAUUUUCCAAAGAAAGCUACUUACAGACGCAUACUCUCAUACACACAAUUGGCAAACCGUUUAAGUGCCGUCAUUGCCCUGCUGCAUUCCCUCUAAAUCAAAGCUUGACACGUCACAUGUUAACACAUUCCGGCGAGAGACCGUACAAAUGCAGUCAGUGCCCCGCCACAUUUAUCACCCAACACAAUUUAAAAGCUCAUAUUCGCACGCACUCCCCAGAAAAACCGUUUAGUUGUACUCUCUGCUUGGCCUCCUUUGCUCAUAAAUCAGCCUUGGAGCGGCAUAUGAUGGUCCAUAGUGGUUGUGAGAAACCGUUCAUUUGUAGCUACUGUUCUGCCACAUUUUUUGUUGAAAGCCAUUUAAAUAGUCAUAUUCUUACACAUACUAGUGAUAAACCGUUUAGUUGUUACCAGUGCGAAGCGUCAUUUGCCGAUGAAAGCGCUUUGAAUCAACAUAUUUUAGUCCACCUAGGUGAUAAGCAAUAUAAGUGUAAGCAAUGCUCUGCUUCAUUUGCGGAAUCAAGUAAUUUGGAGCGCCACGUACGGGCUCACACUAGUAGUAAGGAAAUGUUUACUUGUACACAUUGCUCUGCCUCGUUUGCGGUUGAGAGAACUUUAAAAAGACAUAUUUUGGUGCAUACAGGUGAGAAACCGUUUAAGUGCAAUCAUUGCCCUGCCUCAUUUACCGAAGAAAUAAAUUUAAUACGUCAUAUUUGCAAAGAGAAAGGUUAGAAAUUUUUUAGCUGCGGUUACAGAGGUUCUGCUGUAUCGCUAGAUGAGAAAUAAAUGGAGUAUUCGGGUACCCUUAGCCAGUGGCGAUGUUUGAGAGUCGGCAACACUGUUUUUCCUCCAUUUAAAUAUACGUAAAACAAUCGAUUCUUGGUGAGGCAGCUUGCCUUACCUAAAACCGAUAUUUUUAAUUGAUUUAAAUGGAGGAAACACAGUGUUGCCAACUUGCUAAAUCGCAACUGCCUUGCUCUGGGUAGAUGUAGAUAACGGAUGAAGCCGGUAACAAACAGGGGUGUAGAAUUUUUGCAACCGAUCGGUUGUUCAUGAUCCAAACCAACUCCCCCCCCCCUAAGAUUUAAAAAGAGCCGAAAAUCACGGGGGAAAAAUGGUUUGCUGAGACAGCAACGGCCGAUUUAAAAUCCGAUACGGCCGAGAACCGAUUGGAAGCGUUUUCCCGGAAUCUGAAAAGAUGUGAGCUUGCGGGCGCACAUCUUUUCAGCUUCCGAAAACUCCUGCCAAAAUUCUUCGUUUAUAGGUUCACUGUCCUCAUCCAAGAAAUACUCUAGCAAGAUUUGUGCAGCUUCCCCUGCCCUUUAUCGAUUAAUGACGAUGAUCAGACAAAUCAGAAUUUUGCAGAGAGCGUCAUAAUGCUCCACGCUUUUUGUCUGCUCACUUUAGUGAUGAAGUUCUUGGUCACAUAGAAAUGAAAAGAGUGAUUUAACAUCAUCGCUGUCAGCCAUUGGAGGCGCUUUUUUCAUUUCUUUCUUUUUACGUGAUUUUUCUGAGUUUGAGGAUAUCUCUGAUGCCCAUCUUUUUUCAAAGAGAGAUAUUUUCUCUAAGUAAGCGUUAGCUGCGACAGACUCGGGGACCAUGCUCCUAUGCGUUAUAGGGUUGGUGGCAUAAUUCAGGAUGUGAGAGCUGACCAACUUACAAUUAUCUUUAAAUGUUGGUUGGAGAUGGGUUAAGAGUCCCGAGGUAGCGUGGAGUGAGUUAAAGUCAUCUUUGUGCUGCGAAUAAGUACUGCAAAUUAACGCUGUGGUAGCUGCUACUUGAUUCUGGCCAAUAGGUAUAGCUCGGAGGAGUGCUUGGAUGUCAGCCCUAGUGGAGUCGCUGGGUGAGGUGACACCCCUGAGGAACCUGGGUUUGGGAGAAGUAAAUCUGGCCAACAAUGCCCCAAACCUCGUAGUCAUAUGCCUUUUGUCAGUAGCGCUGGUGCACGGGAACAGCCUAGUUGUUUGCUUAGCAUCAAUCCUCUUAAGCCCGUCGGAUGGGAGUGUUCCCAAUUGCAGGUAGGCGUAGGAGGAAACCGUGACUUGCAUAACUUUAAAUGCAGCAGCCCCAGGAGGCAUUAAAUAUGGAGGUUUCUUUGGACUUGGUUCAUGUAACUUGAAAGUUGGAGUCAUUUAUGUCCUUAAUUGAGGCUUGUUUGUACUUGGGGCUGGGGAUCGGAUGUUCACCCAGACGUAAAGAUUUCCGCAAGGCAAUUUAGCCAGCCUAGCCAUGACUUAUUCAAAGGCACGCUGAAAAGUGAGAGGGGACCGCCCGCAGCAUCAGUGUCCACCUGGGGCAAGGGGAAGAGGGCCAGACAACCUUUGACUGCGCUAGGUAAGGCGGGGUGAUUGCCCACAUGGGCUUGCACCGUGGCAAUAGCUGGGAUAACAGGCAGAGGAGUGAGGUUAUGGCCUAUGAUCAAGCUUCGGGGAUGGAGUUCUUGCCCCAGGGCCUCGAUUAUGAGGUCGAGGAACCUAACCAUUGCUGGGGCGCCUAUGGUAUGGUAAGAGGCUGUGGUCCGAAUAUGAGUGUCGGUUUUCCCUGUAGCCAAAGCCCAAGCUGCAAGUAAGUUUAGGAAGGAUAUCACAGCAUUAGGAUGGGUGUGGUUACCAAUCACGAAUUCUGAAGCCUUUGUGAGUAUUGGUAGUUCCUUGCCCCCAGCUAUUUCGAGGUAUGCAGCCAUAAGGGUUAGGUGGUCGGAUAUGCCAGGUCGUUCAGCUUCGAGAGCUGCCCUUACGCCUUCUUCGGAGGCGGUGGCGUUUAUGGUGAUAUUACUCCUUUUAUGCUGAGGGCAGCUAUAAGCUUUAAAUGAGUCUAUUACAGUAUGAGGGAGCAACCCUCGUGCUGCUUGAUCACUAAGGAAUUUUAGAUGCUCAAGGUCCAACGUUGUUUAGGAUCUGAUCUAGAGCUAGGGUAAAGUGGGACGCAACACAGCUCUAGACUGUUGUUAUCUCCAGAUGUUGGCCUCAAAGAGACGAUGAGCGCUGGUGUGGAUGGUCAGAAGCAGAAUCGGGCGUUCUGCUCCAGUAUGUAUUGGGUGGCUUUUGGAAGGAUGCCCGUCAGCCCAGGUCUAUGAUAGGUUUCCCAAUCCCUUAGAGCGGUGGCGACGGGUACUCCUAGGUCUGUCCUAGGGUGGAAAGGGGUGAUUAACCACAAACAAGGCGACCCUAAAGGUCUACCUAGGCGUUUCCCGGCGACGUAAUGGCAUCGACCAAACCAUCCAGCCCUUCGAUUUCGUCGGGUAGGGCAUCCACGCCUUCUAGGUGGAACUCGGGGUCCCUAGCCAACAGGAAACCCUCUUUAGGUAAUGGGUAGUUGUCAUGCCACAAUGUUAUUGUGGCCGCUUGUCGAGGGGAUAGGUUGUCCCCCACCUGGCAUGGAGCUCGGACCUCAUUAGCCCCAAAGUCGUAUGUCCAGACUGUAGCAGGCUCGAAGACAUGUAAAUUGGCAUUGUAGCCAUGAGAAGCAUACGCACCAGCAUUCCUUUCAAAGGUGGUACUGCCACCUUUGCCAACACAAGCGGCCCUUGAGUAUCGAGGGUUGUGGUCCGCUAAGUCAAAGAAGUUUGCUAUGACAUUUAGCAUCUGAACGCCAUACGGUAUAAAAAAGUAUGGCCGCCCACCCUCGCUAUUAGAGGAGUAGCCAAGUAGGAAUACAUCCCACGCAUGGCGGCAGAGGUGACUUUCAACAAGUCACUCUUGAAUGAGACCUUGGUAUUAGGCCCCAAUAUGGCCCAUUCUUGUGGCCUCAACAGCAGGAAUCCAUCUAUUGACAGUAAACUACUGUAGCGGGGGGGCGACAUCAUUUACAAUACCGAAUGCAGCAUAAUAGUCUGCUGCGUCAGCAUAGGUGCAGGAAAGGGGUUGGGUUCUGACGCCGGGAUAGAGGUUAAAUUCUGGAGCCCACCCUCUGUAGUGGAGCAUUUCCCGCUUUGGCAUAGAAUACCAACGGGGUUUAGCCCCUCCAGUCUGAGGUUCACAAGCCUGGCGUACCAAGACGUUGGCAGCGGCCCUAGGUAUGCCGCCAUUAAGGAAGGUGACAAUCUUGGUGGUGGUCAGCGACAUUGAAAACAGAUAAGUAGUGCCGAACUUUGGAAACUUCGUAAAAUAUAGACUUAAAGACGCGGACAACGCGUAAAGUUCCGGGGUUCUCCGUGGGAUCUUGCAGGUCAGGGUUUUAGGUCAGGCGCGCGCGGUUUUUUUGGCGCCUUUUUCUCACAUUUUGUUGUUAUCAUGUAACAGCAGAAGAGACAUCUAUUAGCAAAAUUAAGAGAGUUGAGCGGGCUUUUUGAAGGCUCACUUGGGCGACAUCAUUUACAAUACCGAAUGCAGCAUAAUAGUCUGCUGCGUCAGCAUAGGUUCAGGAGAAGGGUUGGGCUCUGACGCCGGGAUAGAGGUUAAAUUCUGGAGCCCGCCCUGUGUAGUGGAGCAUUGCCCGCUUUGGCAUAGAAUACCAACGGGGUUCAGCCCCUCCAGUCUGAGGUUCACAAGCCUGGCGUACCAAGACGUCGGCAGCGGCCCGAGGUAUGCCGCCAUUAAGGAAGGUGACAAUCUUGGUGGUGGUCAGCGACAUUGAAAACAGAUAAGUAGUGCUGAACUUCAUAAUUAGGGAGACAUAGGUACAAGCUAACUGUACCCAGGUCAACCCGGAAGAGGCCACAAAACACUCGACCUCUUUACGCCUGUGGGCGUCGUCCUCUAGCGGAAGCUUCCCCAUUGCCCGGUAGAAUGGGUGUAAGUCCGAAGGGGUUGGGACACUGAUAGGCUCAAGAUUCAUAAACUGGCCCAUCCGGUAGUGUCUGGCAGCGUUGUCUUGGCCGCGUGUAGCGUACCUGACGCCAAUAACUUCUAGAGCAUAGUAAACUCUCACUCUUUCGUUUUUGUCUUCGCUCUACCCAAAAUUCUUCUUCUUAAUUACCCUGUCCAUCCCCAGCUGAUUAUACAGAGCACCCACCUCUUGAUCAGUACCCCUCCCAUUCAGUGUACAGUUAUCUAGCCUCGUAAUUUUAAAAUCAUCUGAGGUUAGAUAGUUUAAGUUUAUAUAUUCCCCCUUAUUCCUAACCAAAUGUUUCGGUAUCUCCCUAUUCACCCUAUCUAUCUCUUUGUUCAAGCAAAUGUUCACCCACAAGUCAUAACGAUGCGUUAUGCCGAUAUAAUAAAAUAACACCCCCCAUUUUUUCGGCUUCUUGUGCCCAAUCUAUGAUUCCCUCAAUCACUCUCUGCCCCUCAUUCGCAAAUACAUCCCCCCUUCCUGCAGCAAAUACGAUAACAUCCCCUAUUUCAAGUUCCUUUUUAAUGUUGUGCCAAAACCUUGCCCACUUGUCCAUUUUAUCAUUCCCUUUCGUUUCACUUACUAUUCUAACACCAUCCCUUAACAACUCAUUAUGCAAUCUCUCCCCCACUUUCAUCGUAUAUUCAUCGUAUGGUCAGCGACAUUGAAAACAGAUAAGUAGUGCUGAACUUCAUAAUUAGGGCGACAUAGAGGUAUGCCACCAUUAAGGAAGGUGACAAUCUUGGUGGUGGUCAGCGACAUUGAAAACAGAUAAGAAGUGCUGAACUUCAUAAUUAGGGAGACAUAGGUACAAGCUAGUUGUACCCUGGUCAACCCGGAAAAGGCCACAAAACACUCGACCUCUUUAUUCGAUAAAUACCGUGAUAUGUGAAUGGUUUUCCAUAAGUUAUAAGCACCAUCUUGCACUGAGUGGUUGACUUUAAUUUUAAACCACAUAGGUGCGUAAACUUUUUGGAUGAAAGUAACUAAUUGCACAAGUUCA